CAUCUUAUCAGAGCCGGAAGAAAUUGUUGCAAUGAACGGACAAAAAUUGGCUAUGCGGUUGCAGGUCGCUUAUAUUAGUUUCUCGGCACAUACAGAUUAUACCCAAACAUCCGAUUUUAUUCGUGCUCUUCGUCCACCGCAUCUAGUAUUGGUACAUGGGGAAAUGAAUGAAAUGAAUCGUUUGAAAGCAGCAAUCAUAAGGCAGUAUGAAGAUGAAUCCGAUUUUCAUAUCGAGGUAUAUAAUCCUCGAAAUACUGAAUCAGUUGAAUUGCAUUUCAGAGGAGAAAAAACGGCGAAGGUUGUUGGCAAAAUGGCGAUGACAGCACCAGGAGAUGGACGAAUUUUGAGCGGUGUCUUGAUUCGACGGAAUUUUAAUUAUCAUUUGAUGCAUGCUGAUGAUCUCAGCGCAUAUACGGAUUUGUCAAACAGUAUCUUGACACAACGAGAGAGUGUCUUCUACAGUGGUACGAUUACAUUGCUACUUCAUAAUUUGCAACAAGUGGCUGGCGAUGUGAGCUGUGAUGAAAUUGAUUCCAAAGAUGCUUCUGACCCAACUCACAUUAUCAAAUUGUUUGAUGUUAGUACAUUUUAUUAUAUGAAAUUAUCUAAUGAAGCUAUUAUUGAAUGGACAUCAAAUCCUGUAAGCGAUAUGUUUGCUGAUGCAGCUUUGGCCGCAAUUUUGCAUGCACAGAUAAAUCCGGUGCCUGAUAAAAACCUUGCAAAAUGGAAUGUAAAACCUAAUGAAACAGAUUGUUUAAUGAAAACAUUGGCUGAACUGUGUGGUGAUCAGGCGACUAUCCGGAAAACCGAAAAUCUAAUUGAGUUGGAAGUAGACGGGAAGGAAGCUAAAAUAGAUAUGGACACAAUGCACAUUUCAUGUACCGAUCAGCUGUUGCAUCAUUUGAUCACUUCCGUAUGCCAGAAAAUGAUGAAUUCUCUACUUCCAGUCUGCACCUUGACAGUAGCUAAGUAA